AUGAACUUCGUAUGGAUUCUGCUCCUAGCCUCCUCGGCCGCGGCCCUGGACUUCAGCUUCCUGGGCCUUACUCCGCAGGCAUUGUGGUCAAGGAGUGCGUCUAUUCCCGAGAACGGCACUCAAGAUCUCUCGGCCCAGUCGGACACCAUGCAACUCGAUAACAACGACUACUAUAAAUUUCCCAUUGAAUGCGUUAGGGACCCGAACAUGGGCCGGGUCGAGAACUUUAAGAACUUCACUAGGGAACUCGCUUCCGUCCUGGGCAGAACUGUCAGAGUCGAAAAUGGAAAAUGCGGAAGGGCUUUCUGCUGGGACAACACCACCAUCUGGGCCUGCAACAACGCCAAGCACCCCAGGACGAUUUCGCUGAGCGCGCUGUACAGCGCCAACAACGCUAUCCUGAAUAACUGCAAGAAGCAGCGGAACAAUAUCUGGAGCACGGGGGGCAGCACGUGGAAUGACCAGAGCUACGGUCACGAAAACUCCAAGGCCGACCUGCGCAUCUAUUUCGGCAGCUGUGGCUGCUCGGAGAGCCGCUGUGCCAACCCGACGCUGUGUCCCGGGUACAAGGGUGACAACUGCUCUAUUGAUGAUUAA